AUGUAUACUGCCUACAAGUACGCCAAGAAAAAAUAUAGAGAACGGCAGGAGGCCGGCGCCGAACAGCAUCGUGUAGAGACGACUCAGACAAGAUCGUAUGCCAACAAAGGGGCUCAUACCGACAGCACGAGGUUCCUCACCGCUUCCCCUCAAAGCUUCACCGCCAGUGGCCUACCAGGCAAUCCGCACACCACAGGCGCAGAACCCCAGGAAAGUCCUGAAGAGCGAUCUGAGAAGCAACGCCGGCGUAAAUACCGCCUCAAGAUCAUCCUCGGUCUGUUCGCCCCCUUCACCCUGCAAGCCCUCGACACAACCAUCAUUGCCUCGGCACUGAAAUUCAUCGCCGACGAUUUCAACGAACUCUCCCAACUAAACUGGAUCAUCACCUCGUUCAACCUCACCUCGGCCGCCUUUCUCCCCUUCUUCGCCCAGCUAGCCGACGUCUUUGGCCGGCACGCCACCCUCCAAACUGCGCUGGUCAUUAUAACCGUCGGCUCCGCGCUGUGUACCGCGUCCCCCACAAAUACCUUCCCGCUCCUCCUGCUCGGCCGCGCCCUGCAAGGCGUCGGCGCCGCAGGCAUCAACAUUUGCGUCCGCACCAUCUUGGCGGACAAAGUUUCGCUCGGCGAGUAUGCCAAAAACUGGACUGUUUUUGCGCUGGUGUCGGGGCUGAGUUUCAGUAUUGGCCCUGUGGCGGGGGGUUAUCUGACGCAGGCGAGCUGGCGGUGGUGUUUUGCGAUCAACCUGCCCGUGGCGUUAAUCGCGAUCGGGUUGGUGGUGGCGUUGUUGAGGAAGGAGUUGGUUGGGCCGCUGGCAAUCGGGGACGCUAUGGGCGCUGGUGAGGGUGUAACGAGGGACGGUUUGCAUAGGGGGAAUGGUAGAAGGGAUGUGGAGACGAGGACGGGGAGGUUCUUGAUGAGGCUGGCAACGGUGGAUGUCGGCGGGCAGUUGCUGUUCUUGUGGGGGUUUGGGUUGUUGGUGUUGGCGUUUACGUGGGCGGGCGGGAUGUAUCCCUGGGAUUCGGCCUCUGUGGUGGCGUCGUUAGUGUUGGGUGGUGUGUUGGCGGUGGCGUGGUUAGUGUAUGAGUGGGCGAUGGUGCCGGGGAGGGUCAUGGUAAGGGUGUUUCCGAGGCAAAAGGCCAUGAUUCCAUGGCAUCUGCUGAUGCAGAGGGAUAUCGGCUUGUUGCUGGGCAUCAACUUCGCGACUGGGGCCGCCAUGUUUGCCGUCAUGUACUUCAUGGACCUGUAUUUCACACUGGUUGUGGGGCACAGCGCCAGCCAGGCUGGAGUGUCGCUCCUGUACUUUCUCCCCGGACUGGGCGCCGGCGUCUAUUUCGCCAUGUUCUUGAUCAAUGUCGGGCCGCGACAGACGAUCCCCGUCCUGUUCCUCGGAACCACCAGCUCUGCGCUUGGCAUUACAGUGCUCGCCUGGGCUUGCCAUACCGAGUACACAAAUCUCACAUACGGGAUGAUGGCACUCACUGGUUUUGGCGUGGGGUUGAACACCAACCCAGGUACUCUCCAUGCCUUGGCCUACUUCCCCGGCAUGACAGCACCCAUCACCUGCCUGACCACGUUUGCACACCCCUUCGGCGGCACCAUCACGCUGACGAUCAUGUCUACUGUGUUCAACAAUCGGAGCGGGCCGAAGCAUGAGAAUCCCAAGUCCGGGAUUGUGUGGGCGUUUGUUGCCGUUAUGCCCAUUGUGUGGUUGGCAGUGUUUAUUACAACCUUCCUUGGAAAUGUGUGGAUCGGCAAGAACGGGAAUCAUGAAGUGAUUCAAGGGUCCUGGUUCUGGAAUAUGCUCAGGGGUAAACGUCUCGAGAGGGUGAUGAUGGCGGGGGCAAGGGAUUCCGGGCUGGUUGACGGGAAUGGAAAUAUCAAUCUGAACGUAGUCGCUCCAAGGCCGUUAGAGCCUGGGAUAGAUACGGAACGGGGGAGAUGA